CAUUAUGGGGUCCAGAUCAUGGAAGAUCUGGCUUCUGUAAUUGCUUCCCCACUGAACAUGGGCACUGACAGGUCAAUCCAUACUCCCAGCCUGUCUCAAGCUUUUCCUAGUGGGGCAGAGUUCUGGGGAAGCAGGACUGCCGUAGUUUAUUUUUUUGUUAUUUAUUUCAAUGAGAGAGAUAGAGACGAAUCAGAGUACUGCUCAACUCUGGCUUAUGUUGAUACUGGGGAUUGAAAGCCUCAAAUAUGGAAAUAUUUUGCAUAAACACUAUGCUAUCUCCGCAGCCAUUUACUCUUAAAACUAAUUUUCCAAUUAGUAUUAUUACUGGGACUCAGUGUCACCAUUCUUUAGUGUCAUGUUACAUAUAUACAGACAUGAAUAGAUAUAAGAAAUGGGGGGUGCUGUGAAGCCAUACAAUUGUGAUACGUCCCUCUACAGCUGUUGGAGAGAUGAUUCUCUCUUUUUUUUUUAACUGCUGUUUUUUGUUUUUUUUUUAAAAAUAUUUAUUUUAUUUAUUUAUUCCCUUUUGUUACCCUUGUUGUUUUAUUGUUGUAGUUAUUAUUGUUGUUGUCAUUGUAUAGGACAGAGAGAAAUGGAGAGAGGAAGGGAAGACAGAGAGGAGGAGAGAAAGACACCUGCAGACCUGCUUCACCGCCUGUAAAGUGACUCCCCUGCAGGUGGGGAGCCGGGGUUCGAACCGGGAUCCUUAUGCCGGUCCUUGUACUUUGCGCCACCUGCGCUUAACCCGCUGCGCUACAGCCCGACUCCCGGAGAGAUGAUUCUUAAACCCAUCUGACUUCUCACAGGGCUCAGUGACCUAUGAAGAUGUAGCCGUGAUAUUCACUCAAGAGGAAUGGGCACUAUUGAAUCCUUCAGAGAAAAAACUCUACAGAGAUGUGAUGUGUGAAAACUUGAGGAACUUACUUUCCAUAGAAAAAAUACAAGAACUUUCCACCAAAGAGCAGCAUAACUUGCACAGGAGUCAACAAAGUAAUACAGCAGUGAAAGUCUCUGAGGGCAAAAAAAGUCAGAAUGGUAGAAAAUCUCAAGAAUGUGAAGUAUACAACAAAUUACUCACUGAUUCUAUUCAUCUUCAAAAAUAUGAAAGAAUUCACAGUGGAAAGAAGCCCUAUGGAUGUAAACAGUGUAAUAAAACAUUCAGUUGUCCCAGCCAUCUUCAGGUACAUGAAAGAACUCACAGUGGAGAGAAACCCUAUGAAUGUAAACAAUGUAGUAAAACAUUCAGUUGUUCCAGUAAACUUAAGAAACAUGAAAGAACUCACAGUGGAGAGAAACCCUAUGAAUGUAAACAAUGUAGUAAAACAUUCAGUUGGUCCUGUAGUCUUAAGCUACAUGAAAGAAUUCACAGUGGAGAGAAACCCUAUGAAUGUAAACAAUGUAGUAAAACAUUCAGUUGUUCCAGUAAACUUAAGAAACAUGAAAGAACUCACAGUGGAGAGAAACCCUAUGAAUGUAAACAAUGUAGUAAAACAUUCAGUUGUUCCAGUAAACUUAAGAAACAUGAAAGAACUCACAGUGGAGAGAAACCCUAUGAAUGUAAACAAUGUAGUAAAACUUUCAGUUGGUCCUGUAGUCUUAAGCUACAUGAAAGAAUUCACAGUGGAGAGAAACCCUAUGAAUGUAAACAAUGUAGUAAAACAUUCAGUUGGUCCUGGAAUCAUAAGCUACAUGAAAGAACUCACAGUGGAGAGAAACCCUAUGAAUGUAAACAAUGUAGUAAAACAUUCAGUUGGUCCUGGAGUCUUAAGCUACAUGAAAGAACUCACAGUGGAGAGAAAUCCUAUGAAUGUAAACAAUGUAGUAAAACAUUCAGUUGUUCCAAGACUCUUCGCUCACAUGAAAGAACUCACAGUGGAGAGAAACCCUAUGAAUGUAAACAAUGUUGUAAAACAUUCAGUUUUUCCAGUAAUCUUCGGACACAUGAAAGAAAUCACAGUGGUGAGAAAUCCUAUGAAUGUAAACAAUGUAGUAAAACAUUCAUGUUUUCCAGUAAACUUAAGAAACAUGAAAGAACUCACAGUGGAGAUAAACCCUAUGAAUGUAAACAAUGUAGUAAAACAUUCAAUUGUUCCAGUCAUCUUCGGGUACAUGAAAGAACUCACAGUGGAGAGAAACCCUAUGAAUGUAAACUAUGUUGUAAAACAUUCAGUGUUUCCAGUAGUCUUAAACUACAUGAAAGAAGUCACAGUGGAGAGAAACCCUAUGAAUGUAAACAAUGUAGUAAAGCAUUCAGUUGUUCCAGUAGUCUUAAGAAACAUGAAAGAACUCACAGUGGAGAGAAACCCUAUAAAUGUAAACAGUGUUGUAAAACAUUCAGUGUUUCCUGUAGUCUUCGAAUACAUGAAAGAACUCACAGUGGAGAGAAACCCUAUGAAUGUAAACAAUGUUGUAAAACAUUCAGUUGUUCCAGUAGUCUUAAGAAACAUGAAAGAACUCACAGUGGAGAAAACCCUAUGAAUGUGAACAAUGUAGUAAAACAUUCAGUUGUUCCAAUAGUCUUAAGAAACAUGAAAGAACCCACAGUGGAGACAAACUGAAUGUAAACAAUGUAGUAAAACAUUCAGUUGUUCAAGUAGUCUUAAGUAACAUGAAAACUCACAGUGGAGUGAAACCCUAUGAGUGUAAACAAUGUAUAAAAACAUUCAGUUGUUCCAGUCAUCUUCGGGUACAUGAAAGAAUUCACAGUGGAGAGAAACCCUAUAAAUGUAAAUAGUAUAGUAAAACAUUCAUUUGUUCCGGUAGUCUUCACUCACAUGAAAGUAUUCACAGUGGAGAGAAACCCUAUGAAUGUAAACAAUGUAAUAAAACAUUAAGUUGUUCCAGUAGUCUUCGGACACAUGAAAGAAUUCACAGUGGAGAGAAACCCUAUGAAUGUAACCUAUGCAGUAAGACAUUCAGGCAAUCUGGAAAUCUUUGGACACAUGAAAGAACUCACAGGUCAGAGAAACCUUAUGAAUGUAAACAAUGAAAGCAUUCAUGGGAUGUAGUUCUCUUCAGUUACAUGAUAGAACUCACAGUGGAGAGAAAGAAACCUUGAAUGUAAACAAUGUAGUCAAACAUUUAAGCCAGUUUUCUUUGGAUACAUGAAUGAUCUCACAGUGGAGAGACACCUAGUGAAAAUAAACUGAAAAACUGGGAACUUGGAUGUCAACAAUGCUUAGAUGUAUUCAAAUCGAUAACCGUUUUUGCACAUAUAAAAUGACUGCCAUUAGAAAAACAAUUAUCAGUGUAGACCUUGUGGAGGGAGUUUACAGACCUAUAAAAGAACUUGUCUUAGAGUGACGAGUGAAUGUAAAACAGUGGAGGAACAGUGGAUGCUACAAUAUGUGUAUAUAAAUAUUUAAAAAAUAAAAAAUUGAAAUUGACAAAUGUCUGCUCACAGUGGCCUGGUCCUUCUCAGUAUAUGGAAUCUGCUGAGGUGAUGAGCCAGGCCUUAACACCAGUCUGGACUCUGAGGUUGUAUGUCUGCCUUGGGCCACCUGCUUCGCAGCUUGACCCUGCGUGUGCUUUUUUAGUCUUUCACUUUUGAAAUAGAGAAAAUAAGAUGAUGGUGCCCUCCCCAACCCCUGUGUGUUAAAGGGCAUCAUAAAGUACCUCGUGAGUGAACUAUCUUGAAACUGAGUAUCUUCAUUUGUGUCAGGCAAACCUAAGCCACUUGGAUGAUCAUGAAAAGGCUGUUUUUAAAAUAUACACUUUAUUUAAUACAGUCAGAAAAAUUGAGAGGGAAGGGGACCAUAGAGAGGGAGAGACACCUGCAGCACUGCUUUACCACCUGAAGGUUUCGCCCUGCAGGAGGGAACCAGGGACUUGAACCAAGCUCCUCCUGCAUUGUAGUAUGUGCAUUGGAGCAGGUGUGCCACCACCCAGCCCCUGAAAGGAUUUUUUUUAACCAGAGCAAUGUUCAGCUCUGACUUGUGGUGGUGCAGAGGAUUGAGCCUGGGACUUCGGAGCCUCAGGCAUGAGCAUCUGUUUGCAUACCCAUUAUGCUAUCAACCCUCCAUGAAAAGGCUGUUUUUAUGGAGAAUGUGGUCAUGUAAAAUCUCUCUGAGCAGAUAUGACUUAUCAUUAUGAACUCUGAUUCCACUUGCCCUGGUUUGGGAAGCAGGUGUGUGUACAGGAGAAUCUAAGAGAAAAUCCUGAUGGGGCAAAGCAUUCACGCUGCUGUGGUGAGACGUUAUCCAUGGAUAUUGUGUGUUCUCUCACCUAGAAGAGAUUGCAUUAAAACAGGUGUAGUUGAAGUCAUGCUAGAAAGAUAACAGGGUUUAGGAAGAUAGAGUGAUUUGUGAACUAGAUUUUCAUUCUUGAGACCCUGAAGUCCCAGGUUAAAUUCCCAGCAUGACCAUAUGAUAGAGCUGAGCAGACCACCAAUGACAAAAGAAGGAAAGAGAGUAAAAGUAGGACCAAGAAGCUCCAGUUCCUCAUUUUUUCAAUAGGAAUUUGAGAAAGCAAUCAU